UUUUUUAGCCCUGACGUGGGUGCACUUGGUUCUGGUCUCUCGAGUUUUCUCAGAAGGGACUGUCCGGUCUGUGAAGGCCAAGGGAGGGAGACAUAACGACUUCCGUUUCCUUCACCUAGGCCGCGGCCGGCCCCCGAGCGGAGUUGUGCUUUCCUGAUCCGGGCUCGGGCUGCCCCUCCUCUGGGACCCUCCCCUCGGGAACUGUCGCCCGCGGCAGUUAGGACUGGAUUGCUUGGCGCGGGUUUCUCUGUGUAGCCUUGGCUGUCCUGGACUCCCUUUGGAGACAGAAUGUUUCUUUAGACAUUCACUUAUUGGCAGUUUUGGGUGGACAAGUCCAAUUUCCAAGAGAAGAUGACUUUUAACAGUAUUGAAGCAUCUAGAACUUGUCUACCUUCAGACUCCAAUAAGGAUGAAGAAUUUGUAGAAGAGUUUAAUAGAUUAAAAACAUUUGCUAACUUUCCAAGUAGUAGUCCUGUUUCAGCAUCAACAUUGGCACGAGCAGGGUUUCUUUAUACUGGUGAAGGAGAUACUGUGCAGUGCUUUAGUUGUCAUGCAGCAGUAGAUAAAUGGCAAUAUGGAGACUCAGCUGUUGGAAGACACAGGAAGAUAUCCCCAAAUUGCAGAUUUAUCAAUGGUUUUUAUUUUGAAAAUAGUGCUACACAGUCUACAAACCCUGGUAUCCAAAACGGCCAGUACAAAGCUGAAAACUGUGUGGGAAACAGAAAUCAUUUUGCUCUUGACAGGCCAUCUGAGACCCAUGCAGAUUAUCUUUUGAGAACUGGACAAGUUGUAGACAUUUCAGACACCAUAUACCCGAGGAACCCUGCCAUGUGUAGUGAGGAAGCCAGAUUGAAGUCAUUUCAGAACUGGCCAGACUAUGCCCAUUUAACCCCCAGAGAGCUAGCCAGUGCUGGACUCUACUACACAGGGAUUGAUGAUCAAGUGCAGUGUUUUUGUUGUGGAGGAAAACUGAAAAAUUGGGAGCCCUGUGAUCGUGCCUGGUCAGAACACAGGAGACACUUUCCCAAUUGCUUCUUUGUUUUGGGCCGGAAUGUUAAUAAUGUUCGAAGUGAAUCUGGUGUGAGUUCUGAAAGAAAUUUCCCAAAUUCAACAAAUUCUCCACGAAAUCCAGCCAUGGCAGAAUAUGAAGCCCGGAUCGGUACUUUUGGAGCAUGGAUAUACUCAGUUAACAAGGAGCAGCUUGCAAGAGCUGGAUUUUAUGCUUUAGGUGAAGGGGAUAAAGUGAAGUGCUUUCACUGUGGAGGAGGGCUCACGGAUUGGAAGCCAAGUGAAGACCCUUGGGAACAGCAUGCAAAGUGGUAUCCAGGGUGUAAAUAUCUAUUAGAUGAAAAGGGGCAAGAAUAUAUAAAUAAUAUUCAUUUAACCCAUUCACUUGGAGACUCUUUGGUAAGAACUACUGAAAAAACACCAUCACUAACUAAAAGAAUCGAUGAUACCAUCUUCCAAAAUCCUAUGGUGCAAGAAGCUAUACGAAUGGGAUUCAGUUUCAAGGACAUUAAGAAAACAAUGGAAGAAAAAAUCCAAACAUCUGGGAGCAACUAUCUAUCACUUGAGGUUCUCAUUGCAGAUCUUGUGAGUGCUCAGAAAGAUAAUACACAGGAUGAGUCAAGUCAGACUUCACUGCAGAAAGACAUCAGUACUGAAGAGCAGCUAAGGCGACUGCAAGAGGAGAAGCUGUGCAAAAUCUGCAUGGAUAGAAAUAUUGCUGUAGUUUUUGUUCCUUGUGGACAUCUGGUCACCUGUAAACAAUGUGCUGAAGCAGUUGACAAAUGUCCUAUGUGCUACACAAUCAUUACAUUCAAGCAAAAAAUUUUUAUGUCUUAAUUCAGCGCCACAGUAGGCUUGUUAUGUUCUUCUUGCUCUAAUUGAAUGUGUGAUGCGAGCGAACUUUAAGUAAUCAGCAUUGCAUUCCAUUAGCAUCUGCUCCCAAAUGAAAACACAUGUUAACAGCACUGUUUCAGUCUAAUCUUUGAAUUUCUGGAUCUUUCAGGUUAUUAGCUGUAUUGUUUAUUCAGUCUUUUACUCAAUUGAAACCUUUAGACAAAGAAGCAUUUUGUCACUUUUCAUGGUAUAUAUUUGUACUAUACUGACUUGGUUUCUAUGUGUAACUGAAUUAGUCACCUGCAUUUUUCAUUCCUUUUGGAUAAGCUUAACAAAUGGAGUGUUCUGUAUAAGCAGAGAGAUUUGAGUUAAUCUGCCCAAUCAUUUAAUUUGCUUAUUGUGAACAGGGAAUGAACUGUUCCACACUGGUGGGAGGAUAAACAUUGUUUUUAGAUGUUUGUCUCUGUGGUUUAGGAUUCUGUCCAUCUUCUUUGGAAUUAUAAACGUACUCGUAUGAAUGCUUUUUUUAAAGUAAUUUUGCCACCUCCCAAAAAAUACUUAAUCUUAGACUACCAUCUAACCAACGUGUACUGACAUGGAAAGGCAACAAAGAUAUAGUGUAAAAUACAAAAGGCAAAACGUUAUGUAUA